AUGUUGACAGAAAUAAAUGUAGGAGUAGAACAUAAAUUAUUAAUAUAUAGGGACCUGUAUGCAAUUAAUCUUAUAUACCAAAAUCUUAUUACAUCCGAAUGCCAUUGUUCCUAUCAUUGUGUUGUCUUUCGAUCAAAAAACCCCAAAUCUCUGUUUGCAGAGAGGACGAGGAAAGAGAGAGAGAGAGAGAGAGAGAGAGAGAGAGAGAGAGAGAGAGAGAGAGAGAGAACGACUAUGGACGCUAUAAGGAAGCAGCUUGAUGUGCUCAUGGGAGCUAACCGAAACGGCGACGUUCAGGAGGUGAAUCGCAAAUACUACGACCGUGAUGUGUGUCGUCUUUACUUGUCUGGUCUCUGCCCUCACGAUCUCUUCCAAUUGACGAAAAUGGAUAUGGGACCAUGCCCAAAGGUGCACUCUUUGCAGCUUCGGAAAGAAUACCGAGAAGCAAGGGCAAAAGGUGUUGAUAACUACGACAGGGAAUUGGAAGAUGCCAUAGACAGGCUUAUCGUUGAGUGUGAUAGGAAGAUUGGUAGGGCCCUUAAGCGUCUUCAAGAAGAGGACGCCAAAGCUGCCAUUGCCAUUUCUGUCUCUGAAGUCACUCAGUCGCCUGAAAUUCUCGAGUUAUCGGAGAAAAUCAAAGAGAAGAUGAAGGAAGCAGAUAUCCACGAUCUUGAAGGCAAAAUGGAUCUUAAGAUUAGAGCUCUUGAGUUAGUCGAAGAGAUGAGGACCAAGAGAGCUGACCAACAGGCGGUGUUGCUGUUGGAAGCCUUCAACAAAGAUAGAGCAUCCUUGCCACAGCCCGUUCCAGCUCAACCACCAUCUUCCGAAUUACCUCCACCGGAUCCUCGCACUCAAGAAAUGAUAAAUGAGAAACUGAAGAAGGCAGAAGAUCUUGGUGAACAAGGAAUGGUUGAUGAAGCCCAGAAAGCCCUGGAAGAGGCUGAAGCUCUUAAGAAGCUUACAGUUAGACGAGAACCUCCAGCAGAUUCAACGAAGUACACCGCUGUUGAUGUGCGCAUCACAGACCAAAAGUUGCGUCUAUGUGACAUAUGUGGAGCAUUCUUGAGCGUCUAUGACAGUGAUCGCCGUUUAGCUGAUCAUUUUGGGGGGAAGCUUCAUCUAGGAUACAUGCUAGUCCGGGACAAAUUAACAGAGCUUCUGGAUGAGAAGGCCAAUAUACGCAAGGAAAGAUCAAAGGAACGGAACAGUAAGGAGAGAGAAUCAAGUAAAGACCGAGAGAAAGAACAAGAAACUAGUCGUGAACAUCGAAGAGAUUAUGAUCGCAGGAGUAGAGAUCGAGAUAGGCACCAUGACCGUGAUCGUGAACAAGACAGAGACUAUGAUCGGUCACACUCAAGAAGCAGACGUAGGUCACGCUCACGGUCCAGGUCAAGAGAUAGACCAAGGGACUAUGAUCGCCACAGGCGUCACAACCGCUACUAGAUCGAUCGGUCUUGCUGUCUAACAGGGUUUACAAGUUACAAAUGGUUUUAGGAUCUAUCACCGAAACUUUUUUCUGUCUACAUGUAUGUUACUCAAGUAUGUUAGAUGAGUUUCAGAAAAUUUCACAUCUUUUUCUUUUACCACAAACUAAAGACUUGGAAGAAACAAGAUGUGGUUUAUGUUUUUACCACAUCUGAGAAGCGUGUAUGCACUAUCAUCGAACGAAACAACCGCGCGAAUAGAUUCUCGAACUAUCUAUGUACCUUGAUUACAAUCGUGGAAGUAAUUAGAAAUUAUAUGAUUUUGUAGUUAUCUAUAUUGGAAUUCAG